AACAAAAAACACACCGUCCAGAAAACCCACCGACGGGGCAACUUUGGAGUGUGUUUGUAGCCUCCGUUCACUGCUUCUAACCUCUUUAAAAACACAGAAAAAAACUACUCAAAAAAUAAAACAGACUCCGGAGCCGACACCGACAUGUCGCCCACGGACGGGAGCAGUUUGUCCUCGGAGGGGAAGCUGGGAAAGUACGGGGUGAAAGCGGAGAGCCCAGCUGAGUGAGAGUGGGGUGAGGAGGCUGGGUUUGGCAAAACUCAGGAGUCCUGCCCUGCUGCUAUGCUAGCAGGCUAGUUAGCAUGCUAACACUCUUCUCCGCUAGCUCGUUUUCCCUGCGCUGUUCUCCAGCCUGUGAUUCUUCAGGGGAGCUGCUUUAUCUGUGGCAAGACCGCUGCUGAUAUUGCAGCUUCUCCCAAUGGAUCUAAGUAGAGCUGAUGAUCUCAUUUUCCGUGGAAGUUCUGCAUGAGUCCUGAAGAUAACUUUGCAUUUUUCUCGAAGGCAACAACUUAUGUUAGAGGAGCUCCAGGUGCACCAAUCCCCUCCCAUCCCCAAUCAGUCAUUUCUGCUCUAUACUGACUGAACUCGUGCAGUUUUCUCUGUAUAUUAUGAGAUGGAACCCUGGUAGGUUCUUCAAGGGGCUUGUGGUACCCUCUGGUUAAAGACUGCAUUAAAAAACAAGCAGAACGUACUGAAGGAGUUGGGACACGUUUGCUCAAAAUGCAUUCAUGAACUCGUGGGAGCUUCUGAAGCGGACUCAUGAGAUGUGACUGCUGAUGCCGGCUCAUUGGGACUUGAGCUUUAUUCAUGAACCCUGUGUCCGAGUGUGGCCGCAGCCUGGAUGGUGGAUGUCCUGAGCGUGUCCAAUCAGCUGUUGCGGUGAUGAGGCAGGGCUGCUGGUGGCCUGUGUGGCUGGCUGGGCAGCGGCCCAACGUGAUGUGAUGUGAUGGGGUGCCGCAACAGUAAGGUCCUCCCUGAGCCUCCAGGGGAUGUUCAGUUGGACCUGGUCAAAAAGGUUGAUCCUCCCCAACCUCCUCAGACAGAUAUCUAUAAGCACUUCAUACGAGGAGAUGGCACUGGAAGCAAGAUGGGCGUUGCUGGUGGAGGUUCAGGCGACAAGGCCGCCUCCACCUCCCCAUAUCAAGCCCAGGCGCAAGCAGCCACUCCCACCGCUUCAGCGGCGCCCCCUAAGGACCCAUCCGAGCUGUCGGACCCUCAGCGGAAGAAGGUGGCCAAGUACCGAGCCAAGUUCGACCCGCGGGUCACGGCCAAGUACGACAUCAAAGCUCUGAUAGGCCGUGGAAGUUUCAGCCGGGUGGUUCGCGUGGAGCACAAGAGCACGAGGCAGCCGUACGCCAUCAAGAUGAUCGAGACCCGAUACCGGGAGGGCAGGGAGGUGUGCGAGUCGGAGCUGUGCGUCCUGCGUCGGGUCCGUCACACGAAUAUAAUCCAGCUUAUGGAGGUGUUUGAGACGGCGGAGCGAGUGUACAUGGUGAUGGAACUGGCCACUGGAGGGGAGCUCUUCGACCGGAUCAUCGCUCGCGGCUCCUUCACAGAGCGAGACGCCACCAGGGUCCUGCAGAUGGUGCUGGACGGCGUCAAGUAUCUCCACACUUUGGGGAUCACGCACCGAGACCUGAAGCCGGAGAACCUGCUCUACUACCACCCGGGGGCUGACUCCAAGAUCAUCAUCACCGACUUCGGUCUGGCCAGCAGCAGGAAGAAGGGCGACGAGUGUCUGAUGAAGACCACCUGCGGCACGCCGGAGUACAUCGCCCCCGAGAUCCUGGUGAGGAAGCCCUAUACGAACGCGGUGGACAUGUGGGCCCUGGGGGUGAUAUCGUACAUCCUGCUGAGCGGAACGAUGCCCUUCGAGGACGACAACCGCAUGAGGCUCUACCGGCAGAUCCUGAAGGGGAAGUACAGCUUCUCCGGAGAGCCGUGGCCCAGCGUGUCCAACCUGGCCAAAGACUUCGUGGAGCGAAUCCUCACAGUGGACCCCAGCGAGCGUCUGACGGCCGGCCAGGCCCUCAAGCACCCGUGGAUCGUCAGCAUGGCGGCCUCCUCGUCCAUGAAGAACCUCCAGCGCUGCAUCUCCCAGAACCUGCUGAAGCGGGCGUCCUCGCGCUGCCACAGCACCAAGUCGGCCCAGUCCACCCGCUCCAGCCGCUCCACCAAGUCCAACAAGGCCCGGCGGGUGCGCGAGAAGGAGCUUCGCGAGCUGAACCGUCGCUAUCAGCAGCAGUACAACGGCUGAAACCCGGACCUGAACUGUAGCGGACCCUGUUGUUUAUGAAGGAAGCGGCGCGACCAUGACUGAAUCCUUACAAAGACUUCCACCACUCUAAGAUGCUGCCAAUGCCAGAGGCCAAAAAGUGGCUUAUUGCUUUAAAAACAAAGACUGGAUUCACGGCUGCAGAAGUUGAAAAUGUAACCGCAGCUUCUGCCAUUAAGACUGAAAAAGAAGUUGAAAAAGACGAAUGCACUCGUAUGGCAGCAAACAAACCAGUAAAGCUGCGUCAUCUUCAUCCACUCCUUCGCUGUUCAGCAGGAUGGUUCCUUCCACUCCUUUUUUUUCCCUCGUGUUCUUUCAAUCCCUGUGUCGCUACGUAUUUAUUUAUUAUUGUCGAUGAUUCGUCUCCAUUCAAACGGUCACUGGAUAAUGACCUUCCACAAGAUCUGUUGAACAGAGUUCUGGAUACUGACGUUUCUAAGAAGGAGAUUCUUUAGAGGACGGGGGGAACCAAACACCCCUCUCGCCUCGUUUCUGAUUUUUCUGAAAAAUUGCUGUGAAUUUAUUGUUGUACUAGUUGUACAGACCUUGUCUUAAGAUGUGGGUAAUCAUAUCACACUGCAGCAAAAUCACACCUUUGAAGGCCAAAAUGAAGGCGUUUUGUUCUCGUUUUGUUUUAGUCGAUUCUAAGCUUAUCUGAUCUUGCCAACAGUUCUGUCAGUAUUCUUCAACAGUUCUGAAAAGAUUGUGAAGCUGUUUAACCUUAAGCGUGUUUUAUUAGACAAUAAUAAGCCACACAACCCCAUUCCUAAUCAUUUUAUCUUCUUAUAAAGGUCCAGCUGUGAUCCUGUCCUCGUCAUUUUUCUUCAUAGCGAUUUAUGGCCCUUUAGUCUUAUUGUUUGUAACGGUGGCACAUGUUUAUCUUAGUUCCAGUCAGUGGUUGCUGAGGGUUGCAUCAGCUCUUUGUAAAUUCAGAUUUGCAGUAAUCUAAAUUGUCAAAUUAAUUCAGGACAAUACAGGGGGAAAAACAUAAAUAUAAACUAACAUCACCCUGAAACUUCCCCAGUUGUUGACCUCAAUCAGGUCAAUUAUUUUUUUCUGAUGCAGGCUUUCUAAAAUGUUUUGUUUAAAUAUGCAAAUGAUGCCCUAUCUUAAAAUGCUCUAAUUUGCAUUCAUUUCCAGAACAGAAAUCCCAACGAUGAAGCCAGGUUCAAAGUUCUUGCAUCAUAUUUUAUUACUCUAUAAAUCAGAAAAUACUGUAGGCAGGCAUGACAAAUACAUUUUCACUUUGUUUUCAGACAUAAAAUGCUCCAUAAAUCAGACUGUGAGCGAUGGAAGAACCAGCCCCUCUGUGCAAACCUUCAGAAUGAAUGGGGAUUGUAAAAAAAGAAAAAAAAGAGAAAGUUUGUAAGUGCAAAUGUAAGAGAAAAAAAAGGCCAUUUUGAGAAAACAACCUCUAAAUAUAUUUCAUAUUUGAAAUCUAUAGAUGCAGAUAGAGAUAGUCCAGUUAAAUGUGCAGUGUAGGCCUUUUUUCCCCACUAAUCUGAAAGAAUCUCAACACUUUUUCUGUGAUUCAAGCUAGGUCUUACUCAGAGAUUAGUGAUUAGUAAGUUUGUACACUUUACUUGCUAAUUAAGUGGCCAGUUCACACUAGAGGUAAUUUAGAGGUAAUAGUUGACAAAUGGCUGAACAAAAAGCUGUUAAAAUUAUGAAAACUUGGAAAUUUUAAAUUACAUUUCACAAAAAUGCUAAUUACAGUAGACUAAAGUUAUCAGUAACAUUAGCUCAGUUAGCAUAGUCAGAUCUUUCCCACUUUUUUAAAACCACAUUAAUGCUACUAAACAGUAAAUUCUUUAUGAAUGCAUAUAUAAUUAAAUUAACCGACAUCCACAAUGUAUUUUAACUUAUCCAUUGCUAAUUUAGUCUUAUUUUAGGAAGUUGGAUGCUAAAGUUACUUUCCAAACAGCCUAGCUUAGACAUUUUAGCUUUGCAACCCAGUUCAGUAAGUUUAUAGUUUAAAGUUGUCACUAAAACUCACAUUUUUGAUUCUAAAUUUGCAAAAAGCUGUUGCAACCAAUCCAGAAGUCCUGUUUUGUGUCUCAGCUAGCCUCUUUUCCACUAACAUCUGCAACACUCCCAUAAAAAAAUCCCUCAUUAGCAGUGUUAGCAUUUAGUAGUUCCCACCAGUAUUACCCAUCGGUUAGCUGGCAAAAUGACUAGAAGGUAAAUUUAACGUCUGGCUUGAGUAAAAUGGCAGAUUUUACUAGCUUGCCAGCAUUAAUUUGGGUUAGAAAAUUGGGUAAAAAUCCGACAUACUCAAUGCCAAAGCUGGUGGAUCAGAGAUUAGCUGGGAGGUUAGAGGACUUUGGGGUUUUCUGGAGCGUUUAGCGGUUCCGAGGUGCCAUAACUUGUGUUUCAACCAGCCUGAACUUUUAAACACCAUUUGAAAAUGAAGGAAGCCACUGAAUUAGCAUAGCAGCUAGUCAAAGAUGCAUCAUAUUAAUACGCUUUAUAUGAUUUAAUGACAUUCUGAGCACAUGCAGCUCCACAGUCUUGUGCAAAAGAUGAUUUUUUUUUACCUUUUUAAGUGCACUUAAUUCAGAAGAAAUUGCACAGCCUUGCUUAAGAAAAGGUCUGCAGCUAAACAUUUCCACUGUCAUUCCCUUUUCCUUGUUAAUUUCUUGAAAUAAUCGAUCAGUUUGUCUUUAAAAUGUCAGAAAAUGAUGAAAAAUGUCAAAUACCAUAGUUAGUGUCUUUUUUUUUUUUACUGUCAAAUGAGGAAAGAAACCAGAAUGUAGUGAAAUUUAAAAGCCAUAAUAGGAGAAUUUAGGCUUUUUUUUUUCGAUAAAAAUGAAUAAAACUUAAAUUUAUUACCAAAAUAAUUGCAGAUUUAUAGCAAAUAGUUAAUUCAUUAAUUGUUGCAGCUUUGUUUAAGAAAGAACUAGUUCAUCAGAUCUGCAGUAUUAAUAGCAAAGAUACUCUUUUUGCAUUCUCUUAGGAUGAAUAAUGUUCCAGUCUUAUUUUCAUUAUUGCACAUUUCAGAGCAUUAAUAAUAAAAUGCCAGUACUCUCAAAUGAGACUACACAAGGAAUCAUUAGUAAUAUCACUGAUAAUUAUCCCUAACUGGCCAAAAAACUAAAGAAAAUCCAAUAUUUCCAAGAUUGAGAAGUACAGAUGAGUACUAUUUCUCUUUUUUGUAUUUUGCUGUCUGACAAAGCACUUCAUGUACAGAUUAAUUGAAUUUUGUUGUUUGUCAAACCCGUCCACUGUUAUUUUAUGUAUUUUGUCCCUCCCAGAGUCAAUCAGAUGGUACAUUGUGCUCUUUCUCUCUUUUCUUUUUCACUAUUUUUGCUGUGAUCUGACCCAGAAGUUAGAAAGUGUUUGUUGUGAACUUUUUAACGUGUACUGGAAGCCUAAUCGAGCCAUGUCAGCUGACCUCAGUUGUUCUUUUUCUUUCUUUGUAUUUUGGCCUUCACUUUUCGCUUUGUCACCUUUAUGAUGCGACUUUUUCCGUUUGUUUUUGGUCAUUUUUCUUUGUCCUACUGCUGUUGUCUGUAUUGAUAUCUCACCUCCUGGGAGUGAAUUGUAACGUCAAGUGAGGUUUUCGCUCUGUCUACCCAAAAUGUGUCUUUUUCCAAUCAAAUGCACAAUCUGCAGGCUUUAAAGGGUGCAUUUUAAAACAACGUUAGUGUUCUUCACUGAGAAAUCGGCUGUGGUCGUCUCAAAAGACAGAUUUUGGGUGAAGGAUCUUGUACGGUAGUUAGUUCAUUGAUUUUUGUCCAGAGCAUAGCAGUUUGAACAUUUCCGGACUCGAAGGAGCUGCGUUAGUCGACGCACGUUCGAUGAAUAAAUAACCAAAAAUCAGUUUGUUUUCCGCAGAAUGUCAGCACAUUUGUAAAAGGGUUUUUAUAUAUCUGUGUGAUUUUAUAUAAAAUGCUGUCGCUCCUAAAUGAAGUAGCCAACUCAACACUGUUACCUGAAAACAGUUGUCGUCUUGUGUUAUUGUGUGUCGAAAGAAAUGAAUGAUAACACUUUGAUUCCUCUACCAUUAACUUUUUUUAAUGUUUUUUUUAAAACGGUGAGUUGUUUGUGCCAAUAAAGCACUCGAACCUGA